AUGAACAAUGUUUCCGUCGGUGAACAGUUUUUCCUUAUGUUAACUACAUAUCAUUUGAAUGAGAAAGAUAAAGUUCAGCUUCAGCUUGAAUGCCUUGGCAAGGAGCAUGUGGCUUAUCAACGUUUAGAUUUACCUCUAAUAAAAGUAAGUGUUGUUGGUGGACGGCCAUUUUCUCAUGGGGGUACCUCGCUAUUUCGAAAAAAGCUGCUGUCUGCAAGAUAUGGAGUUAAAGACAUGGAUGAGAGUGCCAAGAGAAUCCAGAAAGCUGCUCUUGGUACACCAAAGAAUCAUUUUCUAAUACUACUUGCACAUAAUGGACCCACAGGCCUUGGUUCUGGUUUGAAUGAUAUAUGUGGUAAAGAUUGGGAAUUUAAGGGUGAUGGUGGUGAUCACGGUGACCCAGAUCUAGCACGUGCAAUAUCCUCUCUAAAAGAGAACAAUGAGGUAUCUAUUCCAUUAGUUGUGUUCGGUCACAUGCACAAAGAGCUGGCACAUGGCAAUGGUUUUCGGAAAAUGAUUGUUUUUGGGGCUGACAACACCAUAUAUUUGAAUGGGGCCAUUGUUCCAAGGGUCAAAAUAUUGGAUGACAGCAACAAGAGAAGCUUAGACAAUGAAAGUCCUGAGGUAAAAGGCACAGCAAGAGCCUUUACUUUAGUUGAGCUUUCAGAAGGAAGAGUUACCAAGGUUGCAGAAAGUUGGGUAGCAGUUGUCGAAGAUAGGACCACAUUAAUAGAAGAAUAUGUAUUAUUCGAGCGCAAUUAA